AUGGAUGCACAGGCGCAGCGCGCACGCACGCAAGGCCACCUUCCCCCGCCCGCAUACCCGACGCGCACGAGAACCGAGGAGCAAGUCAGAGCCUUCAUCACUCGAGUCCGGCGUUUCAGCAGCGGUGACGCGCGUGCGAAAAUUCUGGCCUGUGUCCCUGCCGUGGCCGGGUCCUGGACGAUUAUCGGCUCCGGUUUUUCAGAGCGAACAAAGUUGGUCGUCGGACCGAUCUUCCUCGUCUGCUCAAUCCUCAUCGCUUUUUGGUACACCAUUUGCAAAUGGUGCCAGAGAGCUGGACUCUCUGGCAGUUGCAGUCAUGCCACUGCGAAUGACAAAAUCAUAUUGCAAAACCCACAUGAGGAUUUGCUCCUCGUGUGGGUGGACAUUUUCCAUCAGUGCAAUCUAGGCGCCAAAUUCAGGAGCUGGUUUCACAAGUCACCACUGUACAAUCAUGAGUGCAAUCUAAACACAGAAAUGAAAGAAGUGAAAAUCAGAUGA